AUGUCCAACACCUCCAAUCUUCGCAACGUCAAUUCCAUAUCUUUACAUUUCCCUCAAAACCUCACCAUCCCCAACAAAUUUCUCCUUGUUAACCACCAAACAACAAAAAAUUUGAACAUCAAACCAGGAGACAAGCACUUCGCCAUAUGGUUGAUCGUAUCCUGCUACUUUCCCUUGAUCGUGUCCUGUAUAGGCCCAUUGGCCAACAUGAUCUCCAUAGCUGCUAUCGUGGAAAACUGGAAGCUAGACAACAACACAAACUCUCUAGCAAAAGACCCCCAUUGGGAAUUGAUAAUAAAUGCCAUCUCCCUAUCAACAGGCUUUUUGUCUGACUUGAGUCUCCUUUUAAAUAUCUCAAAAAGAUUGAACUACCUCCUUGCCCAGUUCAUCUCCAUUAUCGGCUGGUUCAUCUCCUGCUGCCUACUACUAUCCAUAAUUCUAAUCACAAACUUCAACUAUUUCCACAACAGCAACAGCAACUACUCUCCCUACCAGGGCUUCUGGUUUGCUGUCCUAACUGCCAUACUCUAUCUCUCCUGCUCAAUUCUACUCUCCAUAAACUUGUUUGGCUACUUCAAACAAAAAUACUCUGACGACUUCAAUCUAAAUUCUUCUCAAAGAGGCAUAAUGCUACACGUCUUUUUGCUAUCUAUUUUUUUAUCCCUUGGUGCUGCCAUUUUCUCUUCAAUUAUAGAAGACCUAAAUUAUGGCUCUGCUCUAUAUUUCUGCGUCGUUUCUCUACUAACAAUAGGCUUGGGCGACAUCCUACCAACGACAACCUUAUCCAGAAUCCUAAUACUAAUCUACUCUCUAAUUGGCUUUCUAUUACUAGGUCUAAUCAUCUCGGCGGUUAGAGGCAUCGUUCUAAGUACCUCCUCCCCUACCUUUUUCUGGAACAGACUCGAAAAUUAUAGAAAAAAAAUAUACUUAAAAUAUCUAAAAGAAACUGCAAAAAAAAACAUAAAAAUAUCAGAACAAGACUCAUUCAAUAAAAUCAAACAAAUCAAAAAAUCCUCAAUCCUAUACCAAAACUUCUUAUCCUUACUUCUCUCCAUCCUAUUCUUUAUCUUUUUUUGGUUCUUUGGCGCUUUAAUCUUGAAAUUCACUGAAAAUUGGACCUACUUUGACGCAAUCUACUUCUGCUUCCUAUGUCUACUAACAAUAGGUUAUGGUGACUAUGCCCCUUCUUCUUCACUUGGUAUCCCCUUUUUCAUCUGCUGGGCUUUAGCUGCGGUUCCCCUAAUGACCAUCUUGAUAUCAAACUUGGGUGAUACCUUAUACAGAUUUUACAUCGAUUGGACUGACCAAUUUGCUUCUUUCUUACUUGUCCCAAAUUUCAUUCGCAUCUUUCAAAACAAUUCAAACAACAUUAUCAAUUACCAUCAAAAUAUUUAUAAAAAUAUUUAUAAAAAUAAAAAUAACAACAACAACAAUAAUAAUAAUAAUAAUAAUAAUAAUAAUAAUAACGAUAGCGAUACUAAUAACCUUCUAAAUACUCAAAUUAACAAUAACAAAAAAAUAUCUGCAUUUCAAAACGAUUCUCUUACCCCAAUAAUACCAUUCUCAGAAACAAUCCUAAAUUUAGUUUCUCUAUUAGAUUCUGUAAAGGAAAUACUAAUUGAUAUCUCAAAUAAUCAAAAAAAGGAAUACUCCUUUCAAGAAUGGAAACAAUUAAUAAAUUUAAUUGAUAUCCCAGAAAAUAACUCAAAAAAUAUUGAUUCAAAUUUGUUCUGGCUUUCUGAGAAAUCACCAUUAAAAUAUCCUUUAAAUGAAAGUGGUUUCUUUCUUUAUAAAUAUUUGGUUGCCAUCGAAUAUAAAUUAAACGAAAUCCUAAAAAAUGAUAUUCAAAUAAGAUCUGAUCUAAUUUAUAAAAAUAUUCAUCAUCAUCAAAAUUUACCUUCAUCUCAUUCUCUCUAA